AUGGGCAAGUUCAUGAAGCUCAGGAAAGUGGUGCUGGUCCUGGCAGGGCGCUACUCCGGACGCAAAGCAAUCAUCGUGAAGAACAUUGAUUAUGGCACCUCAGACUGCCCUUACACCCAUACCCUGGUGGCUGGAAUUGACCACUAUUCCCGAAAAGUGACAGCUGCCAUGGGCAAGAAGAAAAUCGCCAAGAGAUCCAAGAUCAAGUCCUUCGUGAAAGUUUAUAACUCCAACCACCUGAUGCCCAAAAGGAACUCUGUGGACAUCCCCCUGGAUAAAACUGUUGUCAACAAGGAUGUCUUUAGCGACCCCGCCCUGAAACACAAGCCAAGGUCAAGUUUGAGGAACGAUUCAAGAUAA